UGAUUAAUCUAUAUGUAGAACUGUACUUUUAGACUUACCAUGUGCAGUUUACAGCAAUGAACCAUGACGAAUUAGACAACAACAUUAGUUUCAGGCAUAAGCAAGGAAUCAAUUCUAACUGCAUUAAAUUUUUGGGUUUAUAUAUCGAUAACAAAUUAACUUGGAAGAAUCAUAUUGAUUAUCUCAUUGCUAAACUAAGUUCAGCAUGCUUUAUAAUGAGGGCAGUUAAACCCAUGUUGGCCUACAGCAGUCUGAGGAUGCUUUACUUUGCUUACAUACACUCCAUCAUGACUUAUGACAUGGCAGUCUAUUUGGAUCACAAUGCAACAACACCAGUUGCAGAACCUGUAGUUCAGAAGAUAAUAGACUCAUUAAAUGAUGAAUGGGGUAACCCAAGUUCUGGUUAUCUGCCUGGAACUAAAUCUAAGAACAGUAUUGCAGAAGCAAGACAACAUAUAGCCUUGAUGAUAGGUGGUAAGCCUGAAGACAUCAUAUUUACAUCUGGUGGGACAGAGGCAAACAAUAUGGUCAUUUUUGGCAUUGUCAGUUACUAUGAAGAUUGGUUGAAGUCAGUGUCAUUUUUAAAAGUAACCAAUGAAAAGCCACAUGUUAUAACUACAAAUGUUGAACAUGAUGCUGUGAUACUCCCAAUCAGGCACUUGGAAAAGACAGGAGCAAUUGAUGUGAGUAUCAUACAUGUAUCCACAAGAGGAUGUGUAGUUCCCCAAGAUAUACUGUCAAAGAUCAGCCAUACAACAUGCCUGAUCACUGUUAUGUUAGCAAACAAUGAAACUGGAGUCAUCAUGCCUGUUGAAGAAAUUGGCAGGUGUAUAAAGGAAGUUAACAAACAGAGGAAGGCAGAGAACCUGAUAAGAAUAUUGUAUCACACAGAUGCUGCACAGGGUGUAGGCAAGAUUCAGGUGGAUGUUCAGGAACUGAAUGUUGACUACCUGACAGUUGUGGGGCAUAAGUUUUAUGGACCACGCAUAGGAUGCCUCUAUGCACGUGGAAUAGGACAAGAAACACCAGUAUAUCCACUUCUACAUGGAGGGGGGCAGGAGCGGGGAUACCGUCCAGGAACAGAGAACACUCCAAUGAUAGCAGGACUUGGAGAAGCAGCAAGGCUGGUGUGUGAGAAUCUGUCAACAUACAGCAGGCAUAUGAAGAUAAUAAGAGACUAUCUGGAAGAAGAGCUUAAGGAAGCUUUCGGAGAAGGUAAUGUGAUAUUCAACUGCAGCAAGGAUGUCAGGCGCCUUCCAAAUACGUGCAGUGUCUCGCUGAUAGGUGUAGAGCUGGUGGGUCAUGUUGUAUUGUCCAAAUGUGCCCAUAUUAUGGCUAGUAUUGGAGCUGCAUGUCAUGCCCAAAACAAACCAUCAGGAAUCCUACUUGCAUCUGGUAUACCACAUCAUCAGGCUAUUAAUUCCAUUCGUUUGAGUGUCGGAAGAGAGACAACAAAAGGUGACAUAGACAUUGCCAUUGAAGACUUAAAACAGUCUGUAACAACAUUGUUAUACAAGAAUUCAUCCUAGUGCUUUUCCUGAUAUGCUAAUGGUGGAGAAGCAAGAUUAGACAUAACUCAAGAUAGUCUGCAACUGUUUCUUCCAUUCUGGUAUGUUCCAGUUAUGGAACAAAAAUUCAUAGUGGGUCAGAAAUGGCUUUAUGUUCUGAAAAAAUUGUGUUAUCCUUUAUGUUCAUUUGUACUUGAACUCAAACCAUGUGUCAAAUACUGAAGAAGGCAUUGCCACUUAAAUAAUCCCUCUAAGCUGAUUAGAACAUUAAAUCUCUUCAAACUGAAGACAACCUUUGGAAAAGUGGCAAUGAACACUGGCCUUCUGGUCAGCCAGUCAAAGCCUUUUACAGAUAACAUGAAGAGUAGUAACACACUUCUGUAUUUAUAAUUGAUACACUUGAGAUUAGACUGCAUGUGAUUCUCCUUUCACAUGAUAAAGGG